GUUAUCGUUUGAAGAAAGAACUUCUUCGAAAUCAACAAAGGAAGGAAAAUAAAUAAAAAAGUUGUCUUCAACUCUCGUAUCUGCAAACGAAUGCAACCUCCCUCUGUCUCUCUCAAACUCUAUAAUUGUGUUGGUACAUGUUCUUUUCCUCAGGGUUUCGAAUCAUGUCGACCGUUAGCAUGGAGCCUCUGCUCCACCACUCUGUUCGUGAGAGCGUUAGGUAUGCUCUCAAAUCCAGGAUUUUCAAGCCCUCCUCCUGGAGCUGCUCCACGAAUCAUAAGCUGGUCUUCCAUGCCCGGAGCUUCUGCAACUUCAGGUCUUCCAAUGUUCACGCUCUCAGAGCUAGCACUACUACCGACACGGAUCUCGUUGAGACCUUGGAAUCCACCGAUAUCUUCUUCAAGGAGACUUUCCCGCUCAAACGAAUGGAAACGGUGGAGGGAAAGAUCUUCAUCAGAUUAGAUCACGGGCAGAAUAAUGGGAAUUGGCAGCUUACUGUAGGUUGUAAUCUUCCCGGGAAAUGGAUUCUUCACUGGGGAAUUUCUCGUGUAAAAUAUGUUGGCAGUGAAUGGGAUCAACCUCCUGAAGAAAUGAGACCCCGGGGUUCAAUUCCCAUCAAGGACUAUGCCAUAGAGACACCUUUAAAGAAAUCCUCGUCAUCGGAAGGAGAUGCUUUACAUGAAGUGAAGAUCGAUCUUAUCCCAACGAGUGCAAUUGCUGCUAUAAAUUUUGUUCUGAAGGAUGAAGAAACUGGAGCUUGGUAUCAGCACAGAGGGAGAGAUUUCAAGGUGCCUCUAGCAGACUACCUUCUGGAUGAUGGUAAUUUAGUAGCAGCAAAAAGAAGCUUCGGUGUCUGGCCAGGGGCUUUGGGGCCGUUAUCUAACUUGCUCAUCAAGGCAGAAGUGUCGCCUGCUAAUGAUUCAGAGAGCAGCAAUGAAUCCAGAGAGGCUAAAAAAAAAGGUAGAAGCCUAGAAGGGUUCUAUGAAGAGCAGCCUAUUGCAAAACAAGUGGCUUUUGACAAUUCAGUCACUGUCUCUGUUAGAAAGUGUCCAGAGACAGCUAAAAAUCUUCUGUAUGUUGAAACCGAUUUACCUGGAGAUGUUUUCAUUCACUGGGGAGUUUGCAGAGAUGACACCAAAACGUGGGAAAUUCCAGAUGCGCCACAUCCACCAGAAACAAUAUCUUUUAGGGACAAGGCUUUGCAGACUCGAUUACAGCCAAAAGAGAUCGGAGAUGGAUGCUGUGGAUUGUUUACCAUAGAAGAAGGACUUCAAGGUUUUCUUUUUGUGCUCAAGCUAAAUAAAGGCACUUGGUUGAAUUGUAUGGGAAAUGACUUCUACAUUCCUCUCUCAAGGUCUAGCAGCUUGCUUGCUAAGUCCAGACAGGGUCUAUCUGGAAGUGCACAGAUACUUGAAAAGAAUGCAGAAGAAAAAGAAGAAGCAUCUCUUAGUGCAUAUACCAGUGGAAUAAUUAAUAAUAUAAGGAGCUUGGUAAGUGACAUUUCCUCUGAGAAGACUCGGAAGAAUAAAUCUAAAGAAGCACAAGAAAGUAUUCUCCAAGAAAUUGAAAAGCUUGCUGCUGAGGCCUAUAGUAUCUUCAGAAGCUCCAUUCCGACCUUCUUAGAGGAACCUAUUGUUGAUACUGAGGAACCAAUUGCUCCAGCCAAAAUUAGCUCAGGGACAGGCACAGGGUUCGAAAUAUUAUGCCAAGGUUUUAACUGGGAAUCUCAUAAAUCUGGAAGAUGGUACAUGGAGCUGAAAGAAAGAGCUUCAGAAUUAUCUUCACUUGGUUUCACUGUGAUAUGGCUACCACCACCUACAGAAUCUAUAUCACCUGAAGGAUACAUGCCAAGGGAUUUAUAUAAUCUAAAUUCCAGGUAUGGAAAUGUUGAUCAGCUGAAAGAGGUUGUGAAGACGUUUCAUGAAGUUGGUAUCAAAACUCUUGGAGAUGCUGUCUUGAAUCAUCGUUGUGCACAUUAUCAGAAUCAAAAUGGUGUUUGGAAUAUAUUUGGCGGCCAUAUAAAAUGGGAUGAUCGUGCAGUUGUUGCAGAUGAUCCACAUUUUCAGGGCAAGGGAAACAAAAGUAGUGGAGAUAAUUUCCACGCUGCACCAAAUAUUGAUCAUUCCCAAGAUUUUGUGAGGAAGGAUCUCAGAGAAUGGUUGUGUUGGCUGAGGAAAGAAAUUGGGUAUGAUGGAUGGAGGCUUGAUUUUGUCCGAGGAUUUUGGGGUGGUUAUGUCAAGGACUAUCUGGAGGCAAGUGCACCUUUGUUUGCUGUUGGCGAGUAUUGGGACUCCCUCAGUUAUACAUAUGGCGAAAUGGAUCACAAUCAAGAUGGACAUCGGCAGAGAAUUAUUGACUGGAUCAAUGCAACUAAUGGGACUGCUGCUGCAUUUGAUGUCACAACCAAAGGAAUUCUUCAUUCAGCACUGGAAAGAUGUGAAUAUUGGCGAUUAUCUGAUCAAAAGGGAAAACCUCCUGGGGUUGUCGGAUGGUGGCCAUCGCGGGCUGUUACCUUUAUAGAGAAUCAUGACACUGGUUCUACUCAGGGUCAUUGGAGAUUCCCAGGUGGAAAGGAAAUGCAAGGUUAUACUUACAUUCUGACCCAUCCGGGAACACCCACAGUGUUCUACGACCACAUUUUUUCUCACUAUCGAUCUGAGAUUGCAGCUCUGAUCUCUGUUAGGAACCGGAACGAAAUCCAUUGUCGGAGUACAGUUAAAAUUACCAAGGCAGAAAGGGAUGUGUAUGCAGCCAUUGUUGGCGAAAAAGUUGCAAUGAAGAUAGGACCUGGACAUUAUGAACCAAGUGGGCCCCAGAGAUGGUCUUUAGCUGCUGAGGGAAAAGAUUACAAGGUCUGGGAAACAUCUUGAUAUAAUCCCAAUGAUUUUGAUUGGAUCAUUUGGUGUAUGAAGUCAGUUACUGGAUGAUCAGCAAGGUAAAGAAUAAUACACUUUCUUUGUGAUGGGCGUCUGGUUGCAAACCUCCAUUGAAGUUGCGUGUACCAUACCAUGAUUGUCCUGACUUAGAGGAUCAAGGGAGCUUGAGUACUAGGGCUGAAUGGGGGGAGUAUACCAUCACGGCAAUUAAGUUAAAAAGCUAGUGUGGAAGUGGCAUCAUGUUAUUAGGUGUGGGAUAGAGAUGUACCAUUUUACAUGUAAUUGCAUUGUAAUGCCUCGCGGAAACAUUUUCUAAAUAAACAUGUCUAAGAAUGCAUAUCAUUAUAUCAUACACUCUAUAUUGGAUAAUUCUGUAAGAAAACUAUUCAUAAUAAGAGAUGAUUACAUUAUUGUUAUCA